ACUCUGUCUGAAAAUGACGGUCGAUGGAACUUGCAGAAGAACAUUUAUAGGUGAAGUAUGCACGGUCCCGCAAAAAUGUAUUUCUUACGAGGGACACACUUCGCAUGUGCGGAAGAGUGUAACCACUCUUCAAGUUUCCCAGAAACUUGAACAACGGUCCAGAUCUUUAUGACGCAGCAUGUCUCAGCUUGAUCUUCUGCUCACUCCUGAAUAUUCCUGAAUCACUCCUUUCUUCUGGACAGCAAUGUAUAUAACAGGAACGUGCUCCCAAGUAUUUUAUCCGCUAAAAUGUACUUCAGCGACUACUCCUCGUCUCCUUCAAUUUAUUCUGCGGGUCCCGAUUCAGAAUCGAUAUCAAUAUCUUCUACGCGAUAUUCCCCCGCCCCAUCAUUCUGUGCGCCAGAGGAUGGAUUGGCUCAGCUCGAGGAUUAUGCACCUUCAAAGGAGAUCAUUAAAUACGUCGUAGAAUGCAUAGUGGAUGCUGUUGAGUGUCCCACAAAUGCAUCGAAGACGUUCAAAAACAAAAGACGAAUUUCUCGUUUCGCCCACUUCACGGUGUUCGUGACGAACGUCGUCGCUAGCCUUCCUCUGACAACACCUGAACUUCUCUUAACUGUUGCCUAUGUGGAUAGAGCACAAUACCGGAAUAAUACAGAGCCGUUCACGUCUUGCGACACUACCGAACGUACAUUACACCGGAUAUUUCUCGGCGCUUUGGCGCUUGCACUAAGAUACCUCGACAAACGCAUCUCCAUCAAAGAUAUUGACUGGCAAUCUUGCACUCGGCAAUUUUCCCGUGCAGAUGUUGGCCGUUUCGAGCUGGAUUUCAUUCAAAUUAUCAAGUGCAAUGACAAAUUCACCGACAAAGAACUGUCUGCUUACAGCGCCGUUAUGCUCGCCGUCCUUGAAUCUGCGCCGAAUCAUUCUUUGAAAUUGCGGGAUUCUAGUAAAAAUACUGCAAAAUCGCCUUUGCGUAGGUGCCUACGAUUCUUCCGCAAUCAUUCGCGGUUGAUACGCAAACCAAUUCCUGGACAUGUCUGAAACUCAUACCCCUUCGGUUCAGCAAUAUGUUGUUCUUUUAAUUGCGCCGGUGCACAAACAGAUGCAUCUGAAACCACCCAUUCUCCAGAAAUGAUAACUGAAAUCUAGUCGAUGUCAUGUAUCUUCACAUAUAUAUGUCUUUUGCCCUUAGGCGCGUGUCAAAUUGUUGUAUGCUGAGCUUGGAAAGUCUUAAUCCUGCUCAAUUCUUCAUGUCGGCGUAAUCACUCGGUAAAAUAAUAAAUAAUCAAAACAACUCGAUUUAUAAACAUAUGUACUAUUCAAC